GUGUUUGUUAUGCAGAGUUUGGAGUUAGGGUUCCGCACACUACUGGUUCUGCGUAUAUGUAUAGCUAUGUAACGGUGGGAGAGUUUAUUGCAUUUGUUAUCGGCUGGAAUAUGGUUUUAGAGUAUUUGAUCGGAACGGCCGCCGGUUCUGCGGCCAUAUCUGCUUGUAUUGAUGCACUCUAUGGCGGAGCAAUACAUCACACUAUGAAACAAACAUUUGGCACAUUUGUUGGCCAUACGCCAGACCUGAUGGCCGCUGUUAUCACUAUUUUAAUGACAAUAUUAUUGGCUACUGGCGUGAAAAAGUCGCUUAUGUUUAAUAACGUGUUAAAUUUAGUAAAUUUUGGCGUUUGGAUUAUAAUAGUGUGUUCGUCAGUGUUUUACAUUGAUUUCGACAACUGGACAGAGCAUGGUGGCUUUGCCCCAUUCGGCUGGUCAGGCAUGUUGAACGGCGCCGCCACCUGUUUCUAUGCUUUCAUUGGUUUCGAUAUAAUCGCAACGACAGGAGAGGAAGCAGAAAACCCUCAGCGCUCGAUACCAACUGCCAUAAUCACUAGUUUGGUUAUAGCACUCACCGCUUAUACCACUUCUGGUCUAAUCAUAACAUUGAUGGUGCCGUACGACCAAAUAGACCCCGAUUCAGCUAUGGUUGAGAUGUUUGCACAAAACGGAGCCAACAAUUUAAAAAUGAUUGUCGCAAUCGGAGCCCUCGCAGGACUCUUGGUUUCAAUGUUGGGUUCAAUGUUCCCAAUGCCAAGAGUGGUGUACGCGAUGGCAAAGGAUGGUCUGGUGUUUAGAGAAUUGGCACAAAUAUCGAGUCUAACAAAUACUCCACUUAAAGCCACAUUAAUAUUAGGCGCGUUCACUGCUUUCAUUGCAUUCAUUAUGUCUUUGGAAGUACUCGUGGAGAUGAUGUCAAUCGGAACUCUUAUGGCAUAUACUCUCGUGUCUACUUGUGUUCUACUUCUUCGUUAUCAGCCGUCGAGAACUAAUUUAGUGGAUCUGUUACCACAAUCCAUACGGUCUGCGUGUCCGACGCCCAUCAAAGAGGUCUCACCACAAGUGCAGUGCUCUGCGCCCUCCGUUCCUUCAGCGCCACAAUUCACUCCUUUCAUCACUAAUAAAGAGCAACGAAUUCAUACGAAACGAACGAAUCGAUGCGAUUCCUCAGAAAGCGACGAAACGGAUCCAAACUGUUUCCGACAAGAGAGCAAAGACGACGAGUUCUUAGUGCCAGGAAAUGCUGGCUUUCAUUAUGGGUCGGUUCCGUACCAACACGGAGGCAGUAGUGGCCGAAGGUCAGGCCUUCUCGACAAAUAUGAGAAAUUAUUUAUGUAUUUAUUUCCGUACGGAUGGAAAGUUCACGGACCGGCUUCUGAGGAGACAGGUCUUCAUGUGGUCAAAUUGGUUGGCGUUCUCUAUGUUCUCGUUAUCAUAUUUGACGUAAUAAUGGCUUAUUAUAUCAAUUGUCUCGAUUGGUCCAACAAUCGUAUCGUUGUUUUACUCUUCGGAGCCAUUUUUGUAGCCAUUGUCGGCUGUAUUCUUGCCAUUUCAAGACAGCCACAGAUCAGGUGCGAUUUGAAAUUCAAAGCGCCGGGAGUGCCGUUCGUGCCUGCGAUUGCCAUAAUCAUCAACAUUUAUCUCAUACUAAGACUUUCGAUCCUCACUUUAGUCCGAUUCACAGUUUGGAUGAUCGCCGGGCUUGCAAUGUAUUUCUGUUACGGAAUUAAAAACAGUUCACUCGAAGUGAUGACAAAUACAGAGAGCAAAGACACGCAACAAAUGGAGCUAACGAUUCCACACAAUAGAGUUAAGCCGACGUCGAGACAGAACGAAGUGAUUAAUAGACCCAAUGGUUUCACGGGUACUCUCUCUUCAUCUGAUAACUCAUACAAUUGGCGUACAUUUGAGUAAAAUAUACUUCCAUUCCUAUCGAUGAUUGUCUUAAUCUACUAAUCGUUUGCAUAAAUGGCUUUUCGCUGUAUUGCUUGUCAUUCAUCCCAAUACUGAGGACAGGCUGUGAUAUUCUGUGUUUUCUUUUGAUGUGAUAACAAUAUUAAUAUAAUAUCAAUAUAUUAUAUCAUAAC